CAGCCUGUCUGCAUAUUUCAGUCACUUGGAGCCUCACUGAAAACAAUUCCCCCUGCAAUCCACUCUUAGCUCAUAAUCACUAAAUUUGGGAAUGUCAGCUUCUGCAUCCACUGACAGUGAUUUUGGAAUUAAGUCUACAAGAGUCUCAUAACCUUAAAAAUAAAAACUUUCUUAAUGUGAAAUAUAACAACACAGAAAAGAAUAUAAGGAAUAAGUGUACAAUUUAACAAAGUAUUGUAAAGUGAACAGCUGUGCAAUCAUCAUCCAAAUCUAGAAAUAUCAUAUUGCCAGCACUCCAAAAGCUCUCAGAAUACACCUUCCCAAUUACACCACCCCUCUUCCUGCCUAAAGGUCCUUUCUGAAAUGACAUCUCUGGUUCAGUACUCAGAGCUUAAUGAAGUUGGUGACUUUGGAAAUGUGGAGAAAUCAUGACAGAAAAUGUGGUUUGUACUGGGGCUGUCAGUGCUGUAAAGGAAGUUUGGGAACAAAGAAUAAAGAAACAAAAUGAAGACCUGAAGCGAGAGAAGGACUUUCAACAGAAGCUACUGAGGAUCUGGGAAGAGAGAGUUAGCUUAACCAAGCUAAGACAAAAUGUCACCAGGGAAGAUGGAAGAGCUGUACUGAAGAUAGAAAAUGAAGAAUGGAAGGUCCUCCCUUCUUCUCUGCUGAAACUGAAUCAGCUACAGGAAUGGCAACUUCAUAGAACUGGUUUGCUGAAAAUUCCUGAAUUCAUCGGAAGAUUCCAGAACCUCAUUGUGUUAGAUUUAUCUCGAAACACAAUUUCAGAUAUACCUCGAGGAAUUGGACUGCUCACUAGACUUCAGGAACUGAUUCUCAGUUACAACAAGAUCAAAACUGUUCCCAAGGAACUGAGUAACUGUGCCAGCUUGGAGAAACUAGAACUUGCUGUUAACAGAGAUAUCUGUGACCUUCCACAAGAGCUCAGCAAUCUGACAAAGCUUACGCACCUUGAUUUAAGUAUGAACCACUUCACUACGAUCCCUCCUGCUGUUUUGAACAUGCCUGCUCUUGAGUGGCUUGAUCUGGGAAGCAACAAACUUGAACAACUUCCUGAUACCAUAGGAAGAAUGACAAAUCUACAUACAUUAUGGUUGCAACGGAAUGAAAUAAAAUGCAUGCCAGAAACAAUCAGCAAUAUGAAAAAUCUGGGUACUCUUGUUCUCAGCAACAAUAAAUUGCAAGAUAUUCCAGUGUGCAUGGAAGAAAUGACAAAUCUAAGGUUUGUCAACUUCAGAGACAACCCACUGAAAUUGGAAGUAACACUUCCUCCCAGUGAAAGCAUAGAUGAAGAAGAGGAUCGGGAAUUAUUUGGCCUUCAAUUUAUGCACACAUACAUACAGGAAUCACGGAGAAGAGCAGAUAACCAAGUCAACUGUUCGACUACUUUACCGAUCUCUAUAAAUACUGAUGGAUAGUAUAAUUCAAGAUGUCCUGCUGAAGAGGAUUACUUUGAGAUUUGGUGAAUUCUCUCUUUGGACUUCUGAAGUCAAAAACAAAGCUAUUUCCAGAGUUUAAUGAGGCUACAAUAUUUUUAAAAAGUUCAUAUUAUCUGCUAUUUAAAUUAUAUUUUCAUGAAUAUAAAAAUACAAUUAAAAAUCUUAUUUUUUUUGUGGAA